UCAAGACAACGUUUGCUUUGUGUGUGGUCCUUCAUCUUGACUGUUUGCUUUCACAGGCCAGCUUGUGAAGUUGAAUAGUAACAACCUUAAUAAUUGUUGCCCUGAGAAAAAAGGCAAUGGCAAUGGUGCUUGUUAGUUGGUACCAAUAAUGCACAAAGUAAUGACAAGUAAAUGCGACAGUUGCAUGUUUGUCAAAAAAGACGUCAUGGUUAUGAUGUAGAGAAAAUAAGGGUUGGGGGGUUCACUCAAUAAAUAUGAGGGCAAGAAGGUUUUGAGAAUUGCUAUGAAGUGUACAGAAGUAGAAGAUUGUUUCUUAGAUGAGUGAGUUUAAGCUAUGAGUGAGAAGUGAGGGACUCAAAUAGUCUUAGCCUUGCUUCGUUGGACAUGAUCUCUAUCAUAUUCUGCUGUUUCUUGGAGUAAAGUUUAGAAGGCUGAAGCAUUUUCUUUCCAAUACAAUUUGCAGGAAAAAAGAACCUGGCAUUUGAAAAAGAUGGACAGUGAUACGAAUUCUUCACAUGGAAAAGAACCUGAAUGCCCAGAGAUUAUCAUUGACGUUGAAAAUGCUAAGCCUGCCCAGCGGUGCUCCGAGUGUUGCAUCUACAUGGUCCCCAAGAAACUUCGCGAGGUAAAGAAAGAAGCCUACACUCCGAAGCUUAUUUCAAUAGGCCCUGUACAUCACAACAAGGAACUGAACCACAUGGAUCAUCAUAACAAGAAUGAAGUGGACAACAAGAAGGAACAGGAGAACAUGGAAAGUUUGAAACUAAGAUAUUUCAACGAAUUCUUUUGCCGGAGGACCUGGAAAGGCCAGAAGGAAUUUGCAAACAUCAUUAUAAAAAACGAAGAGAAUAUCCGCCAGUGUUAUGCAGAAGAGAUCUCUCUACCCGGAAAGGAAGAUUUUGUUUUCGUGAAAAUGAUUCUAUUGGAUUCUAUCUUUAUCAUUGAGCUCUUCUUGAGGACUGCUUCAAGGUCAGGAUAUGAAAAGGAUGAUUAUAUAUUAAGUAAACCAUGGCUAGAGGAAGGCAUAAAGCAUGACUUGAUAUUACUUGAGAAUCAGCUUCCAUUUUUCAUUCUUGAACAGUUAUAUCAUCACAUUGGAGUGUUUCCAGAAGAUCGUAGUUCCUUUCUUGAGCUUGCCUGUAAGUACUUUUUCGGUGAAAAGAAAUUCUCCAUCGUGAAUAAAGUGAAACAUUUCACUGAUUUGCAAAGAUAUUUCUACUACUCACCCAAAUUGAAAAGUAGUAACGAUAUUAUUGCACAUCUGUAUAGUGCAACAAAGCUGGACACGGCAGGAUUGAAUUUCAAGAAGUGGAAGGAAGAACCAUCAGAAUUAGAAGAUAGACGUUUGCUUGACAUUCAAAUCGAGAACCCGGAUCCCUUGAAAAUUUUUCCAUGCUUCAAUUGCUCAAGCCUCUUGCAUUGCUUACCUUGCUUGAAAUGCUUUUGGUGCUUGAAACGUAUGCAAACUAGCUUGGUAAUCCCACCCUUUGAGAUAAAUCAUGGAACUGAACACAUUUUCCGAAACAUCAUGGCCUUGGAGCAGUGUCAUUAUCCAAAAGAAGCUUACAUUUGCAAUUAUAUCGUGCUAUUGGAUUUUCUUAUAAACACUAGAGACGAUGCGGAGUUGCUUGUUGACAAGAAGAUUAUUGUUCACUCGCUAGGCAGCAAUAAAGAAGUUGCCAAAAUGGUUAACAAACUUGGCAAAGAAAUUUUGGAAAAAAAUUCAUGUUACCUUCAGCUCGCUAAAAAUCUUAAUGAACAUUAUGAAAACUGGUGGAAUAAAAAUAUCGCAUCCUUGAAAACGGUAUAUUUCCGUGAUAUUUGGAGAGGCAGCGCAACUUUCGUUGGAAUUAUAGUCCUGCUUGUAACUGUCGGUAAUUUCCUUAGGCCUUUUGUCUUUCACAAAUAAGUUUCCUUUACUAUGGUACUGUAAUAUCAGUUGGAAAUCUGUCUUUGGUUGUAGUUGUUUUUGAAAAUAACUGUGAUUAAGUUUAGUUUGUGAUA